UAUCAAUUUUACUAUGAAUCAAUGUGUAGCAAUGUGUUGUUGAUCCUAAGUUUCUUUCUUUGUAUGCAUUAAUUAAUCAAUCCUGGUUCCUUCGAAGCUAGUAACUAUAGUUCUGAUCUUACCACAAUCUAAUUCUAUAUGAGACUGCUAUAUGAAACAGUGGACAAUGGAAUACUUGAACUAUUUCUGAUAGCCACUAAAAGGUGAAACCAAUGUUGUAACUCACUGAUCAAUUCUAACCUAUGAGGAUGGAGGUUCUUUGCAUAGUACUACUACUAUGUAUGAACUCCUUCUGAGGCAUUCUUGAAGACUCCUGUCUACCAAUCCUUCAUUCCUGAACUUAGCCUCGUCUUUCUUCAUUUCCAUCUUGCGCUGAACCUAUCCAUUUUUUCAUCUUCAUACUUGAGUAUAUUGUCCAAAAUGCCUUACAGUAUUCCUACUGCACACAUUGGAAUUCUUGCAUCAGUAACUAAGUCCUAACCUCAAAACACCACAUGGAGAACAUAUAAAGAAGAUAUUUUUACAAGUUACAGCUACAUUUUGAAAUAUAUCAGAUGUCACUGCAUUUAUGUAAUGGAUGUCUACCUGUUUGGCUCAUUUUCUGUAAGAUGAAUCUAAGUCUGCAUUUGUUUAAAGCUGGGUGGAGCUAUGUAGACAAGUGAGCUGCAUACGUUGGCUGGAAUUGAUAUGUUCUAUUAUAAGCAGAAAGUAUUAAAUGUUAUGAAGAAUAUUAAUAAUGAUAAGUGUAAAAGAGAAUUAAAGAAUGACAUGUUGGAGAAAAUAUACUCUGGGUACUUUAUAUAUGCUUCCGUACAUGUAGAGGGAGUAGAAACUAGUAGGUUACAGUCUAAUCCCAAAAGAAGCAUCUUCAUACCAUCUACAGUGUAUCUAAAUAAGUAGAAAUAUAUACAAGCAACAUAAAUAUGAAUUGAACUUUUGAACAUGCCCCCUCAAGCCGGAGAAUAUUUAUCAUAUAUUCAGCUUAUAAUAAUGUUCUGAUAAAUAUUUUCCUCCAAAUGGCUUAGUGAAGAUAUUAGCAACCUUGUUGGACAUCGAAGUGAAAGGAGUGGCCAAUGUAUGGCUCAUCAUUAGUCAUUACACACUCGCAUGGGCAUGGCCGCCAUGGGCAUGGGCUUCAUUUUUUAUUGCCUUAGACCUAAACCCAACCCAGUUACCCAAGUGAGGUCCUUUGCUAUUGCGUUUCCUGAUUACUAUAUCUUGGUUGAGCUGGCUCAAAAGUUUUUUAAGGAUGGGAGGCCAUUUGACUUGGAAGGACUCAAAAGCUGCAUGAGGAGUGCAUAUACCUACAUUGAAGGAGUUGAAGAAUUACUUAUUGAUCUAAAGAACAAUGGAUAUGAAAUGCAUACUUCAACAAACUAUCCCAUUUGGUAUGAAAUCAUUGAAGAAAAGCUGAAACUAUCAUCCUACUUAUCUUGGACAUUCUGUUCAUGCACAAUGGGAAAAAGGAAGCCUGAUCCUGACUUCUAUAUGGAUAUGUUGAAGCACUUGAAGGUCGAGCCAACAUCAUGUAUCUUUAUUGAUGACAGGAUGAAAAAUGUUGAGGCUGCGCUCCAUGCUGGCUUCAAUGGCAUCCACUUCAAAACUGCACAUUCAUUGCGAAAGGACCUCUCUGAUCUUGGGGUUAUUUUGCAGACUUAAAACCCAAAAUUCUGUUCAUUUUUACUUCUUUGUUCAAGAUUUGUAGAUUUCACAUUCUUUUCGAUUUUAUUUUAAACCAUACACGUUCCUCUCGUUCUUUGUAUAUUUUGCAAUAAAUGUAUUAUCAUUAGAUUCAAUUUAGGUGCUUAAA